AUGUCUUCCGGCGCACCACGACCAUCGGGCCGAACAAGCGCCAACGACUACCGCGACGAUAGGCCCCGCGUCUCAGCAGCAGCAGCAGCAGCAGCCAACCUCAAGACCGAACGCUCCGAUUCUCGCAAGGGUCCCUCGCCUCAGCCCAACUUUUCUGGUGCUCAUAAACGUUCUGCUUCGACGAAUCCUAGGGCUGCGAGUCGUCAUGAUGAAGAGCGCCGAUUCGAGUCGAGGAGGGUGACAGAACGCAGCUUUGAAGCUCAACUUGAGCGCGUGGUACCAAGAACCACGAGUCCGGAACGAGCACAUCGACGCAAUGCUGCUUCAGAAAGUAGAAAUACGUCGAAAGCACCGAGAAAUGAUAUACCAGAAGCUCGGCAAUCGAGAGCUGAGACUCCUAUGGUACCAUGGAACCCUGAAGCAACCCUCCUACCACAUACGACAGCACCAUUAGCCUGUCGAAUAUCCAUACCGCCUCUCGCUUCGACCAUACCACAAGCGCCCCAGCCAACUCCUCUGGGUGAGCUGAGCCUGGAGCUCCAAGAAGCUGCUAUAGUAGAGGACCUCCUUUUUGUCUUCAUGGGAUAUGAAGGACAGUAUAUCAGAUUCGCCAAGGGAUAUAACCCCAAUGAAGAGCGAGACAGAUUAUCAGGACCCAGUUUCAGAACGCUGCCAGGCCUUGAUCCGAGUCUGCAGGACCUGACUCAGUCAAUGCUCAAGAUGGCAACAUACUAUUCCGCUCUGGAAGCUUUCGUUGAUGUUCAGAGUCGAGAGGAGUUUGGCGCUGUAAACCACGCUCUUUGCGCAUCAAUACGCAAGUUUCUACAAGACUAUCUUGUUAUGAUUGCGCAGCUUGAGACUCAAUUUCUCACCAGCGAAACGUUCACUGUACAUGUGCUCAACAUUCAUACCAUGUCCACCAGCCAGAUGAUGCUACAGCUUUACUCACUCGCCCAUGAACUACUCAAAAAGAACGCUCUGCUUGAUGAUGAGACCGAUGAAUCUGAAGAUAGUGGCGAUGAUUUCGAGAACAUCCUUGAGAGGCUUCAAGAUGGAGGCGACUUAAUGCCAGGAAACAUGACUGGUAAAAAGAUAUACAAAGGUGGCGUGGUUCUUGGCUUAAUCACAAAACGACUGGAGUCUUUGUCGGGAGAUCCAUCAGCUCGAGCGCUGCUAACAACUUUACUGCGGGAUGCCAGUAAGCCUUAUAUGUCUAUGCUUAACGGAUGGCUCCAUCAUGGUUCAAUUCAUGACCCCCAUGCAGAAUUCCUCAUCAAAGAGCAAAAGAGCAUUCGCCGUGAAAGGCUGGAGCAGGAUUAUACCGAUGAAUACUGGGAGAGAAGAUACACAAUACGAGAUCACGACGUUCCGCCACAACUCGAGGGCGUCAAGGACAAGGUUCUAUUAGCUGGGAAGUACUUGAACGUUGUUCGAGAGUGUGGUGGCGUUGAUGUUAGCAAAGUUGCCAAAGACGUCCCAGCUUCAUUCGACGACAACCGAUUCCUCGAAAACGUCAAUAACGCCUACGCUCAUGCCAACGAAUCCCUCAUGCAACUACUCCUCACAGCUCACUCACUACCCGCGCGUCUACGCUCUCUCAAGCACUACUUCUUCCUCGACCCAUCAGAUUACUUCUCUUACUUCCUCGAGCUGGGCGCUUCUGAAUUGCGCAAACCUGUCAAGUCUGUUAACACCGGCAAGCUGCAAUCUUUACUGGAUCUUGUCCUGCGCCAGCCCGGAAGUCUUGUCUCCCUUGAUCCGUUCAAAGAGGAUGUCAAGGUUGAGAUGAAUGAGACUAUCCUUACAAAAGCUCUGCAGCGUGUUGUCAACAUUACUGGUAUUGAGCAGGGCGAGGCGCUGCAGCCUCUAGCUAACCAGCCUGUUGACAACGACAAGAAUGCUGUGGGCUUUACAUCUUUACAACUCGACUACUCUGUCCCAUUCCCCGUCUCACUCGUCAUCAGCCGAAAGACUGUGUGGCGAUACCAAGCCCUCUUCCGUUACCUACUUUCUCUACGCUAUCUAGAGUCACAACUCUCGACUACGUGGCAAACACAGACUCGAGGCGUCAGCUGGGCACACAAAGGCGGCUCGAGAAAACUCGAAAUCUGGAAACGACGCGUUUGGACGCUUCGUGCCCCUGAAGUCAUUGAACCAAACUGGAAUAAGUUCAUGUCUCGUUUAAAGACGAAGGAUGAGGAUGUCAAUUCAACCUCUGGAGGCCCGACGCGAACCGUCGAUGAGCUUAUGCAGGACCAUGUCGACUUCUUGGAUACAUGUCUCAAGGAAUGCAUGCUCACCAACAGCAAACUAUUGAGAAUCCACUCCAAACUCAUGCAGACAUGCACAAUCUUCGCCGCCUACACAAACUGGCUCACCCGCGAGCUCGAAAAGUCAGACCCAGAUCUUUCGGGCACCAACAAGCCCACAACCAUGACAGCAGACCAGUGGAAGCGCUUCCAAAUGACCAAGGUAGUUCAACGCGGCUCUACGUCAGCCAACGGGGACUCUGCCGGGAAUGGUGACGCAGACGCCCGUAUUGAUAACCUGUUUGAGAUCAUCCGUAAAUGGGAGGGCAAUUUCAGCCGUCAUCUGCAAAUUCUGCUUGACGCGCUCAACCAUUAUGCUGCGACGGAGACGGUGGUGUUGCUUAGUCUUUGUGCGCGCUUAAGUACUGCGAACCAAGGAACAGAGUACGCUGGUCUGCGGCAGGAAGAAGAGUCGACAUAG